AUGGCAGUAAGGUCCAGAAGACCGUGGAUGAGCGUAAUUGUCGGAGUCGUUCUGGGAUUUACAGCGGCGUCUUGGCUUGUUGUGCCAAGGGUAGUGGACAUCAAUGGCAAAAGGAGAAAGUCUUCAAUGUGUUCGUACUACAGCAAUCCCGCCAGUAAAGUUUCCGAAGCUGUCGGCAACAGCGCAACUAGUAAUGCGUGGCACAAGGAACAGCAGACUCCCUUGUCCAGUCAGGAAGGCAACGAGGAGGAGGAGAGCUUGUCCAGGACUGGUAAUGGCAGUGGAGACGGGGGAGGACCUAUCCCCAGAUCCAAGUUUUUCCUUUACGUGGGUGUCAUGACAGCCAAAAAGUACCUGGACUCAAGGGCCGUCGCAGCACACAGGACAUGGACUCGCUCGAUACCGGGGAAGGUGGAGUUUUUUUCCAGUGAAGGUUCCGAAACGGUGCCUCUACCCUGUCCUUUGCCCGUGGUCUCGUUGGCUGGAGUGGACGACUCAUACCCGCCACAAAAGAAGUCUUUCAUGAUGCUAAAGUACAUGCACGACCAUUACUUGGAUAAAUACGAAUGGUUUAUGAGGGCAGACGACGAUGUCUACAUUCGAGGAGAGAAGCUGGAGCUGUUUCUUCGGUCUCUGAACAGCAGUAAGCCACUGUACCUGGGGCAGACUGGACAGGGCACCACACAGGAGCAGGGCAAGCUGGCGCUGGAGCCAGGGGAGAAUUUCUGCAUGGGUGGCCCUGGUAUGAUCUUCAGCCGAGAGGUUCUGCGCAGGAUGGUUCCCCACAUUGGAGCCUGUCUGAGGGAGAUGUACACCACCCAUGAGGAUGUGGAGGUGGGCCGCUGUGUCCAGCGCUUCGGAGGCACACAGUGUGUCUGGUCCUAUGAGAUGCAGCAGCUGUUCUAUGAGAACUAUGAACACCACAAGAAAGGCUUCUUUCAGGAACUGCACAACAGCAAGAUCUACAAUGCCAUUACGCUGCACCCCAACAAACGACCUGAGUACCAGUACCGUCUGCAUAGCCACAUGCUGAGUCGCCAGAUUUCCCAACUACGCUACCGCACCAUUCAGUUGCACCGUGAGGCUGUCACCAUGAGCUACCUGGGCAACACUGAGGUGCACUGGGAGGACCAGCAGCUUGGGUUACCACCUUCCUAUACACGCUACCAACCCGCUGAGCGUGGCGAUGUCAUCGAAUGGGAGUUCUUGACAGGGAAGCACCUGUACUCCACCAAUGAGAGGCUGAUGCCCCGGCAGGCCCUUGGCCGUGGACUUCGGACAGCUCUGGAGGACACAGUGCUCCAGGUGAUGGAGAUGAUCAAUGAGAACUCCAAGGCACGUAGCCGCGUCAUCGACUUCAAGGAGAUUCAGUACGGCUACCGGCGGGUAAAUCCGCUGCAUGGUGCAGAGUACAUUCUGGACCUCUUGCUGCUUUACAAGAAGCACAAAGGACGCAAGGUGACAGUGCCUGUGCGAAGGCAUGCCUACCUGCAGCAAUCCUUCAGCCGGCCCUUCUUCAGUGAGGCAGAGGAGCUAGAUGUGGCUGAAUUGGUAGAGGCUAUCAACACUGAUUUGCAGUCCUUCUCCUUCCUCUCCAACUCGCUGAAGAUGCUCUCGCCCUUCCAGUCCACACGGGAAAUGGGUGAACAGAGUCAGAAAAAAGUCCACCUCCUUGUGCCACUCACAGGCCGUUACGACAUUUUUGAGCGUUUCAUGGAGAACUUUGAGAAGACCUGUCUCAUACCCAACCACAACGUAAAGCUGAUCAUCAUCAUGGUAGACGAUGAUAGCAACCAAGAUAGGGAGAAACAGCUAGAGCUGAUUAAGGAGUACCACAAUAAAUACCCGAAAGCAGACCUGUCAGUCACCCCUAUGACAGGAGCCUUCUCCAGGGGCCUGGCCCUGCAGCUUGGAGCCACCCAGCUUGGUAACAAUUCUCUGCUGUUCUUCUGUGAUGUGGACCUGAUCUUUAAUGUUGAUGCUCUCCAGAGAUGCAGAGACAAUACCAUACAAGGCCAACAGGCCUAUUUUCCAGUUGUCUACAGCCAGUAUAAUCCUAAAAUUGUGUAUGGUGGGAACCCGCCUGUGGAUACCACCUUUGUAUUCACCAAGAAAAGUGGUUUCUGGCGAGAUUAUGGCUUUGGUAUUACAUGCAUCUUCAAAAGUGACUUGCUGAAGGUUGGUGGUUUCGACACCACAAUCCAAGGCUGGGGCUGGGAAGAUGUGGACCUUUUUACAAAAAUCAUCAACUCUGGUUUGAAAGUGUUUCGUAGUCAGGACACAGGUAUUGUCCAUAUUUAUCAUCCUGUUAACUGCAAUACUAAACUUGAGAGAAAGCAAUACAAAAUGUGCCUCGGGUCAAAAGCAAGUACUUACGCAUCCACAAUGCAAUUAGCAGAACUGUGGCUUGAAAAGCACUUGGGCAUAGGGUACAACAGAACUUCCUCCUGA